CAAUGUACUUUGCCGGGUGUGACGCCAUUCCCUCUUCCCUUCCGAGACAACCUGAACGCAGCGCAAUCUGCUUCCUGGUGUUGCGAGUCUCUGGAUGUUUACAGCGGCUCUCCGGAGGUUUCAGGAGAAGUGGCGAUCUUACAGACACCGCUUCGUGCCCUGGGUUGUUUUUAACCUGUCUAAGAAUGAGAAGACCCUGCGCCAGGUGACCGAUCGCACGGAGGAUAAAGUGAUCCAAGAUGAGCAGGUCGCACAGACCCUACUAAUGCUCUUCAGAGCCCUCCUCAGGAGCAGAGGGGGCUUGCUCCCUGGAGUCCACACGAACUUCUUGUCCCGGUUACCACGUGAUCAAGAUCAGAUCGAAAGAGAUGUCGUCUUUCAGUCUCUGGGGUUCUGUGUCGAGAGGAGGCCCAGUUCUUUACCCUUUGCUGGAACCGGUGUGUUUGUCACCAGGGGAUUUGUACCCGAAGGAGCCACAGUUGCCAUGUAUCCCGGUACAGUUUACCAGCCCUACGAGCCCAUCCUCCUUCAGUCCAUCAGAAACCCCUUUGUAUUCAGGUGCAUUGAUGGGGUCCUAGUUGAUGGGAAUGACAAAGGCAUCUCCAGAAUGGUGUUCCGGUCAUGCAGUGGUAGGGAUAGAAUGGGUCCCUAUCUGACAAGUGACACCAGCUGGCUGACAGACAGUCCACAGAAUCCACUGGCUGUGGGCCAGUAUGUCAACAACUGCUCCAAUGAAAGGCCUGCAAAUGUCUGCUACCAGGAGUACGACGUCCCAGACAGCUUUCCCAUCGAACUUCGCCAGUAUCUCCCAAAUGUCAACUACAGCCCGUGUACUCAGAGACCUCUACGAUGUGUUGUCCUUGUGUCGCUCAGAGACAUACGAGCAGGGGAGGAGCUUUUCUCCAACUACUACACCAUUGUGCGGUGAAAUACUUCAGCUUCCUUUCUGAAAAACAAAUAAAGAGUAAAAAAAGCAAAUCAAA